AUGGAGGCACAGACUGUGAGACAGGAGCUGGAAACCCAUCCAACCACCAAGAUGGCACAGACCAAUCCCAUGGCAGGGUCUCUAGGGCUAUGGAAGAUAACUAUCUAUGACCAGGAAAACUUUCAGGGCAAGAGAACUGAGUUCACCAGCUCCUGCUCAAAUGUUUCUGAGCACAGUUUCGAUCAGGUCCGGUCUCUCAAAGUGGAAUAUGGCGCAUGGAUUGGUUAUGAGCAUACCAGCUUCUGUGGUCAACAGUUUACUCUGGAGAGAGGUGAAUACCCUCACUGGGAUGCUUGGAGCGGGAGUAAUGCCUACCACACCGAGUGCCUCAUGUCCUUCCGCCCCAUCUGCUCAGCAAAUCAUAAGGAAUCUAAGAUUAUCAUCUUUGAGAAGGAAAACUUCAUUGGACGCCAGUGGGAGAUCUGUGAUGAUUAUCCCUCACUGCAAGCCAUGGGUUGGUUUAACAAAGAAGUUGGUUCCAUAAAGAUACAGUGUGGGGCUUGGGUUUGCUACCAGUAUCCUGGAUACCGCGGGUAUCAGUAUAUCUUGGAAUGUGACCAUCAUGGAGGAGACUAUAAACACUGGAAAGAGUGGGGUUCUCAUGCCCAGACUUGCCAGAUUCAAUCUAUUCGUCGCAUCCAACAAUAG